CCUGGGACACGUCAGUCUGCAGGAGGUGGGUGUUCUCUGGGAGGAGGUGGAGGAGGAGGUGAAGCUGAAGAAGACCAGAAUCAUGGAGCUGAGCCACAAACUGUCUGAAGCUGAGACUCAACGAACCGACAAGAUCAGAGUUUUGCUCAGGAAUUACUGCCACCUGCUGGAGAAGAUCAGCUUCCUGCCUCCAGCCGACGUCUGCAGACUGAUCCACACCGAGGCCACGAUGUUGAAUCAGUCUCUUCUGGCGAACCGUCGCAGCGUGGCUCGUCUGCUGCUGCUGCUGCAGGAGGAGAACCUGCAGCAGAAGUCACUCCUCCGUCUGCACUGGGAGGACUGCCUGAGCCGCUGGCGGAGGAGGAGGGGCAACGAGAUCAUAGACCGCUUCAGGAGUCUCUGCAGCUGUGAUGGGGGUCAGCAGCUGGUUCUACAGAAGGUUCAGGAGACGAAACAAACUCAGCGAGACUUGACAGAACGACGUCGUGACCUCAUCUAUCAGAUCUGCGCUCUGGUGCCGCCCUCCUGCUCCACUGCUCUGGUCUCUGAUUGGUUCAACCAGCUGACGGCUGUCAAUCAACAGAUCGACAGCGUUCACGCCGACCUUCUCCAUCAGCUGCGGUGCUGCUAUGAACAGACGUGGCAGGAUCGCCUGGCCGAGGUGCAGCGCUGCAGGGAGGCGCUCUCGGCUCUGCAGCUGUCGGAGGAGGAGGUGAACCACGUCGUCAGCUCUCAGCUCCUCACUCUGAUUGGACGAAGCCAAAGUCAAGAUGAAGAGCGAUUGGCUGCUUUAGAUCUGUGCUGUGACUCGGCGGCUCGCCGUGCGCUCGCCCUCAGCAGGUGUGUGUUUGUUGUGAUGCGAGGAGCAGCGUUGCUAUGGGAGACGCACAGCCGCAGGAUAGAGAGGAGAGAAGAAGAACUCCAACAACACCUGGACGAGCUGAGACGCUCACAGCAGCAGCACGUACAGAGGAAGAAGUUGCGUCUGGACGACCUGCUGGGUGGACUCCGUCAGGAGAGCGGCGAGGACGCCCUGAAGACGGCGCUGGACAAAACUGUCCACUACCUGCAGGACGUCAAGCACAGCUGCAGGCAGCGGGUCUCCGAUCAGUGUCGGCUGGUGGACCUCCUCCCGUCCCUCUUCCUGGAGGAGCUCCUGUCCUACAGCAGCAGCCUCAGCUCCUUCUACCACCUCAGCCACGCCUACAGACCGAGUCCAGAGGAGCUGCAGAACCUCCACCCGUCCUCCACCAGCGCCACCGACCCGGAAACCAGCGGGGGGGCUGAAAUCCAGAAACCAGUGGAGAUGACGGAGAAUCAACCAAUCAGCUGUCAGAAUGACACAGACCCCGCCCAGCCCUCUCAGGAUUGGCUGACUGAGGCGGAGUCUUCUCUGCUGGAGCUCUGUGACAUCAGCAGCAGUGUCACGUUUACAUCAUCCAGGGGUGUGGCCUAUAGCGGCCCUGCCUUCAGAUGCCCCGCCCCCGACCCGCCGCAGCAGGAAACACACCUGAGCCUGUUUCCUGUGGAGCUGCUGCCGCACACACUGAGCAGGACCCGGACUCUGUUCCUGGACCACCUGGAGCGGCGUUUCCGUGACGUCCUCAGCUCGGCCGCCGCCGUGGUGAGGGACAGGAAGGAGGCGGUGCGUUUGGAGCAGGAGCUGCAGCUGAAGCAACUGAACCCCAAACACAUCCGGACCCACGUCUACCAGCCCCGCCUGGCUGAGCUGCAGCGCCACGGGCAGCUGGUGGACGCUCACUGUGAGGAGGCGCUGGACGUGUUGACCUCCUGCAGGGAGCGGCUGCAGGAGCUGCAGACCUCCAUCAGCAGGAAGAACCGGGAGUUCACCGUCGCUCUGUCUCGCAUGGAGGACGACGUCCUGACGGCGGACAGCAGCCAGCGCGUGGCCGCCCUGAGCUCCGCCCUGCAGGACCGUCUGGAUCAACACAUCAAAGACACCCAGCGCUGUCGGACCAGCUUCAGACAGACGGUUCAGGCGCGACUGCAGGAGGUCAGAAACAGAACCACUCGGCUCCUCAACUCCUUCAGGCUGUUCAGUGAAGGAGGCGAGUUCGCUCCUCAGGAGGUGAAGCUGUUUCAGAGGAGACUGAAGGAGGAAACCAAACAGAUCAGCGUGACAGAGGAGGCCAUCUUCUCUGAGCUGGAGGCCUUUGAGUCCAGGAGUUUACAGCAGGUGAAGGAGGCGUCUGGAGGGUUCGAGGAGAAGCUCUCCUUCCUGAAGUCUGAGGUCACGUUCAUGGAGAAGGUCCAGAAGAUUAUCAGCAGCACGCAAGUUCACAUUAAGGCUGAGGCAGCCAGCAGUCAGCAGCAGCAGGCGGCCGUCAGCAGCAGGCUGCAGGACCUGAGGAGGGAGCUGGAGAACACUCAGGUGUCUCCAAACCAGGUGUGUUCUCUCCUGUCGUCAGUCUCUGAAGGAUUCAGGAAGUGCUGUCAGCACCUGGACUUCUCAUUGGACUCCACCCUGCAGGAAAACCUCUCAGCUCAUCCUGAACCCAGGAAGCAGGUCUGCUUAGCCACGCCUCCUGGUUUACUGCAGCCGAGCAGGAUGGCUGGGGACCUCCUGGAUGACCCUGUUGUGGGUGUCAUCAAGUCCCUGAACAGGUUCUGUCUGAGCCGGGACGCAGAGAGGCCGGAUCGAGGAAGACCAGCUGCUGGUCCUGUCCAGCGUCCUCAACAGCGAUGUCCCGAGUCUGUCGGUACGCUGAGCGUGAGGAGGGGCUGCAGGUCCAUCAGGACCGACAGGAAGUUCCAGGUGUUUGGGCCCAAACCAGAACCAGAGGCCAGCACACGCUCCUUCAGCGCCACCAUCAACGGCGUGCUGUGGGAAGCCAAUGAUGUCCUCCUGUUGGUUGCCGAGGACUUUUACCAGAGCGAGCGCUGCGCCCAGUUCCUCCUAGUUCCUGACAGUCUGGACCAAUGGGCUGACCGCAUGCAGCAGAGGCUGCUGGGAUACCAGGAACAGGCCCGAAGGUUUCUGAGCACGAGCAGAGAAGAGCUGGUGACCCACCUGUCUGUGUUGGAGGAGCUGCUGCGUGCGUUACCUGCAGUUCUGAUCAGUAACCAUGAGCGACAGCGGGGGGCGGGGCUUAGAGAGGAGGUGGGCAGAGUCAGACUGAAGCUGAAGGAGACGCUGGUGGCCAGCGAGAAGGAGAAGGGUGAGGUCGUCCGGCGGCUGCGAGCGUCUCUCAGACACGACGAGCUUCAGACUCUGAUCGGCAGGGAGGAGCUCAGACAGCAGCAGCUGCACGGCGCCAUCUGCAGCGCACACCAGGAAAUACAGGACUUUGUGCGAGUCAGAGGGGAGGAGUUUGUGACAUCACUGGCGUCUCUGACGGAGAACCUGCUUCAUCAGCUGGAUGACCUGCUCACACCUGCAGAAACAGAGGCAGCGUCAUCACAACACCCCUGUGAGGACACAGUUACCAUGGAGACGGAGGCGGAGACAGGAAGCAGUACGUGGUCCGGUAUCGCGUACCUGUCGCCCCCCACCAACAGCGCCGCUGACCCACUAUCCACUGUUACCAUGCCAACAACAGCAUCCAUCACCACGACCAGGUGCACCCUGGGACAUCUGGCUGUUAUAGAGCAGAGAGACGCUGCUGUGAAGCGGUUCGAGCAGCUGUUCAGGUCGGAGAUGUCGCGUUCAGAUGACGACAAACGAAGACGACUGAGUGAACUACAGAGCUGGAACACACACUGGAGACAGCAGAUACACACUCUGAGACACACACACACACACUAACACUAACACACUCUGAGACACACACACACACACACACACACACACAAACACACA